UCAGUUCUCACAUCCAUGUCAUCUCCGGGACUCACCGAAAAUAGUCAGAGGAAUCCCUCUGAACUGGAUGCUGAGCACACGCAGAAGGUCCUGGAAAUGGAGCACACCCAGCAAAUGAAGCUGAAGGAGCGGCAGAAGUUUUUUGAGGAAGCCUUCCAGCAGGACAUGGAGCAGUACCUUUCCACGGGGUACCUGCAGAUUGCAGAGAGGCGCGAGCCCAUGGGCAGCAUGUCAUCCAUGGAGGUGAACGUGGACAUGCUAGAGCAGAUGGAUUUGAUGGACAUCUCUGACCAGGAGGCCCUGGAUGUCUUCUUGAAUUCGGGUGGAGAAGAGAACCCUGUGCUGUCCCCAGGGUUAGGGCCUGAAACUGACACCUGUCAGGAUGAAAUUACUCUUCAGGUUCCAAAUGCCUCAGAGUCCCUGCCCAAGCUACCUUCCUCACCCUGUGUGUGCACAGAAUCGGCCACUCUGGACCCCAGUGAAGGUGGGGAAUGCCCCCUUGUCCAGUCUGAUGAGGAAGAAGUUCAGGUGGACACUGCCCUGGCCACUUCCCAUGCUGACAGCCAGGCCACUCCAGAUGCUAGUGAUGACAGUGACUCAARUCAGGAAGAGUGACUGAAGUGUCAGCCAUGCACAGAACGCUCCUGUAAAGCCAGGUUUUUAAUGAUUUUACACAAUUGCCAAUGAUGUGUGAGAAACUGACAGAAGAGCUGACAAUAAAGUUUGAGGACUUUGAACACUGA